AUGGGAUCCGUAUCGCUAAAUAUCGGCGAUGGAACCGCAAGAUUCAAGCGAUCAACGCUUUGUUCAUCAGCCAUCAACUUCAUUAUGCUUUUCUCUAUAGUCACUACUAAUCUCUUUGCACUAUACGCCUUCUCGUCUCGAUCACAAUCUCACAUACAACAACACCCUCUACAUUCCAACAAGGUCUCUUUGGUUUCUCAACAUCUCUCGCUUAUCCUCAGAGAAAUCGAUUCUUCUCAACGACAACUCUCUCAGAUGGAGAAACAAAUGAUUGGUUAUGAAGAUCUUGAUUUCUCGCAUACCGAUAUUCCUCAAGAGCUUAAAGUGUUCCUCCAACACCAUCAGCUUCCUCUUGCUAAAGAUUCUCGUAAUGGAAUCACUGAAAUGGUUGCAUCUAUUGGACAUUCUUGCGAAAAGUCUCUGGAUUUGUUAUCUCGGUAUAUGGCGUACAAUGCAUUCGACAAAUGUCCUGAUGAUUGGAGCCUAGCGCAGAGGUUGAUUCUCCGUGGUUGUGAGCCGUUGCCACGCCGUCGUUGUUUGGCUAAAACGGUACAUAAGCCUGGUCUUGCACUGUUUCCUGAGUCUUUGUGGAGACCGAUUAGUAACAAUAGUGUUAACUGGAGCGGUCUUGGUUGCAAAAGUUUCGAAUGCUUGAAAGGUAAGAAGCUGAGCAGGGAUUGUGUUGGUUGCUUUGAGAUAGGUACUAGUUAUGAGAAAGAUAGGUUUGUUAAGGUUAAAGAGAAGAAUGAUUUCUUGAUAGAUGAUGUUUUGGGUUUAGGCGAUGGGAAAAUCCGAAUGGGGUUCGAUAUUAGCGGCGGAUCAGGAACAUUUGCUGCUAAAAUGGCUGAGAAAAACGUGAAUAUAAUCAGUAAUACAUUGAAUAUAGAAGCUCCGUUUAGCGAAUUCAUAGCUGCGAGAGGGCUGUUUCCAUUGUUCAUGAGUAUGGACCAGAGAUUACCGUUCUACGACAAUGUUUUCGAUCUCAUUCAUGCUUCAAACGGGUUGGAUUCAGUGAGUAGUAGUAAUAAACCCGAGAAGCUGGAGUUCUUGAUGUUUGAUCUUGAUCGGAUCUUGAAACCCGGUGGAUUGUUCUGGUUGGAUAAUAUCUAUUGCGGUAGUGACGGGAAGAAGAGAGAUCUUACGCGUUUGAUAGAGCGGUUUGGGUAUAAGAAGCUGAAAUGGGUUGUUGGAGAGAAAGCUGAUGCAGAGAUUUAUCUCUCUGCUGUUUUGCAGAAGCCUGCAAGGAUUUGA